UCGUAUCGUUCUCAAUGGCGUGCUAAGCAUUGGCUCAACAAUUGAAAAGCAUUUCCGUUUAGUUUUUAGCAGAUUUUAAGGAUAUAAAUACUUUUUCAUUCUAUUCUAUCACAAUGUCUGACAUUGAAAUGGGUUCGCCUAUCAAAAAAGACAAAAAAAGGAAGAAAAUUAAACAAGAGGAUGGUGGUGAAGUCGAUCUUGGUGAAAUCCAGAAGUCGGCUGAAUUCCAAAUAAAAGCUUCAACUGCCAUAGCUAAGCUAGAUACAUCGAAAUGGCCAUUGUUGUUGAAGCAUUUUGAUCGUUUAAAUGUUCGGACCAAUCAUUACACUCCAUUACCUUUUGGAUCUUCUCCUUUGAACCGUAAAAUCAAGGACUAUGUGACAUCUGGCUGCAUCAAUCUAGAUAAACCCUCUAAUCCAAGUUCGCACGAAGUAGUGGCUUGGAUUAAAAAAAUUUUGAAGGUCGAAAAAACUGGUCAUUCCGGUACACUGGAUCCGAAGGUAACUGGUUGUCUAAUAGUGUGCAUUGACCGUGCAACUCGGCUUGUCAAAAGUCAGCAGAGUGCUGGUAAAGAGUACGUGGCCGUUUUUAAGCUCCAUUCAGCCGUUGAGAAUAUUGCCAAGGUUCAUCAAGGAUUGGAAAAACUUCGAGGCGCACUAUUUCAACGACCCCCAUUGAUAUCAGCAGUAAAACGACAGCUGCGUGUUCGUACUGUUUACGAUUCUAAACUUUUGGAUUAUGACGAACAGCGUAACAUGGGUGUAUUCUGGGUAAGCUGUGAAGCUGGUUCCUACAUUCGAACAAUGUGUGUUCAUCUGGGACUCGUUACCGGAGUCGGCGGCCAAAUGUUGGAACUGCGUCGCGUUCGUUCCGGAAUUCAGUCAGAACAAGAUGGCAUGGUGACGUUGCAUGAUGUUCUGGAUGCUCAAUAUCUAUAUGAAAACCAUAAGGAUGAAUCAAUGCUUCGGAGGGUAAUCAAGCCACUUGAGGGCCUACUGGUCGGCCACAAACGUAUUAUUAUGAAGGACAGUUCAGUCAAUGCUGUUUGUUACGGUGCCAAAAUAAUGAUUCCUGGUGUUUUGCGUUACGAAGAUGGCAUCGAGAUGGAUCAGGAAAUCGUGAUCGUAACGACAAAGGGCGAAGCAGUUGCUUUGGCUAUUGCACUGAUGACCACAGCGACGAUGGCCAGCUGCGAUCAUGGUGUAUGCGCCAAGAUCAAACGUGUUAUCAUGGAACGUGACACAUAUCCUCGUCGGUGGGGACUUGGUCCUAAAGCGUCCAUGAAGAAACAACUGAUUGCAAGUGGAAAGCUGGAUAAAUUCGGAAAACCAAACGAUAAAACACCCAAAGAAUGGUUGACAGGAUAUACCGAUUUUUCUAAGCCAGCAGCACCACAGCAGUCGAACGGAGAAGAGGACACGGAAUUGAUUGGAGGAAAGCGCAAGCUGAGUGUGGGUAGUGCCGCAGAUAACUCAAUGGAAACCACCACUGUCGAUACUGAUGCCGGCGAGAAGAAAAAGAAAAAGAAGAAAAAGCACAAGAAAGAUGAUGAAGAACCUGAAGCGGCUACCUCUUCUGAAGUUCUAGAGACGGAAGCUGCCACAGAAGAGGUUGCCGAAUCUAAAAAGGAAAAGAAGAAAAAGAAAAAGGACAAGAAACAGGCGGAGGAAGCCGAAUGAACGACAAAUGCUAUAUUUUCCAUUGACCGACUUUCUGACUUUCGCGCCGUUACACUAGCGUGAUGUCUUUUAUUUACGAGCCUUCGUUUGUUUCUACUUAUUGAACAGUCAAUGUUAAUAGCUGACUGCUGAAUUAUUUUCCUAUAAGUUUCGAAGGUUUUAUAAAAUUUGAUUUUUUUCUAUACGCGAUUUUUCUUCAGCUCUAGGUUAAUCGAUACGUAGAGUAGAUGCUCUAUAGUUUUUCAGUUGCUUUGAGUGCAGUCACGAGUUUCGCUAUAAAAAUCUCGAAAAUGUCGAACGGACGCAAUCGGUCACGGUACCUAACUAGAUGUCGGUACGGAAUUAUGGAGCAAAACGUUUGUUUUUGUUAGAAAUUAAGUUUAAUGAAGAAAUUUAUUCUAUAUGUGUAAUAAUAA